UUUUUUUUUUUUUCAUUAUUUAUUUACUUAUUUAAAUUUAAGAAAAUGUCAAACACAUUAUAUGAAAUUUUUGAACGCCAUAAGGAUAACACACAUCCUGCCAUUAUUAUUCCUCAAUCAGCCGAGGUUCCUACUAAAGUUACAUUUUCCCAAUUCCAUGAUAUUCUUUAUGACUUUGCUCGCAAAUUAGCUGCUCAAGUACCAGCUAACUGUCUUGCGCCCGGUAGAUCUAUCUCUAUUAGUUAUCCCAACUCUUUUGAAUUCGCGGUUUCCUUUUUGGCCGUUAACUACAUGAACUUGGUUGCUUCACCCCUGAACUUUGCUUAUACCGAAGAUGAAUUUAAUUUUUAUCUCGAAGAUGCCAAGAGUACAGUCUUGAUUGUCCCCAAGGGCACUGAAGCCAAUAGUCCUGCCAUUUUAGCUGCUAAAAAGCAAGGUGUUAUUGUAGUUGAAGUCUUUUGGAAUGGUAAUGAAAUGGAGGUGAAGUCUCUUUCUGAAGUCUCUGGCGACCAUCGUAUUAUUGAAAAGUUUGAGCCUAAGCCUGACGAGCCUGCUUUAUUAUUACAUACCAGUGGUACAACUGGAAGACCUAAGGGUGUUCCACUUACUCACCUUAAUUUACUUACUUCCAUGAAGAAUAUUAUUGGUACAUAUGAAUUAUCAUCUCAAGAUUGUACUCUUCUCGUCAUGCCCUUGUUCCAUGUUCAUGGUCUUGUCUGUGGUCUUUUGUCCACCUUGUUGUCAGGUGGUACAGCUGUCAUUCCUCGCAAAUUCAGUGCCUCUCAUUUCUGGCCAGAUUUCAAGGCCAACCAAUGUAACUGGUAUACAGCCGUACCUACCAUUCAUCAAAUCCUUCUUCGUAAUCCACCUCAAGAGGUUCCCAAGAUUAGAUUCAUUCGUUCUUGUUCCUCUAGUUUAGCUCCCGCCACUUUACAAGCCCUUGAAGAACAAUUCAAGGCCCCCGUCUUGGAGGCCUAUGCCAUGACUGAGGCAUCUCAUCAAAUGACCUCAAAUCCUUUACCCCACCGCGGUAUUCACAAGCCCGGUUCAGUUGGUCUCGGACAAGGUGUAGAGAUUGCCAUUCUUGACAGUGAAGGUAAUCCCACAGAGAUAGGUGAAGUCUGUAUUCGUGGUAAGAACGUGACCCAUGGUUAUCUCAAUAACCCCAAGGCUACAGCUGAGUCCUUUACAAAGGAUGGCUUUUUCCGUACAGGUGACCAAGGUCGAAAGGAUGCGGAUGGUUAUUUGAUCUUGACAGGUCGUAUUAAGGAAUUGAUUAACCGAGGAGGAGAGAAGAUCUCACCUAUCGAGUUGGACUCUGUCUUGUUGAGUCAUCCCAAGGUUGCAGAGGCUGUGACAUUCGGUGUCCCCGAUGAAAUGUAUGGUCAAGAGGUUCAUGCCGCUGUCGUCAUGAAGGAAGGCAGCUCGGAAGAUGUGAAACAAGUGGAGCGCGAUUUGCAGGCAUUUUGUGCUACCAAGUUGGCUAAAUUUAAGGUACCUAAAAGAAUUUAUGUGACAGACCUGAUGCCCAAGACUGCAACAGGUAAAAUCCAGAGACGUAAGAUGGUGGAUGUCUUCUUCAGUCCUCAAGCCAAGAUUUAAUUAUUAUUAUUAUUAUUAAUUUUGGGGCGAGACUAGGAAAGGAAUGUGUGGGGUUCUUUUUUGGGUUUUUUUUUAUUAUUAUUAUUAAAUUUAAUAUAGAAUGUAAUAAAUAAUAAUUAUUAUUAUGCCAAUA